CUGCUGGCAUUGUGGGGACCCGCUUCAGCCUCGGGGCCGCUGACCGCCAACUUGCUUCAUUUGUUCUGGGUAGGUCUGGGGCCCGUGGCGGCUCCGUGACCUCCCGACAUGGAAGGAGACGGACUUUUGGAUGAAGAAACGCAAACAGUCGGUGCGGUUCCUGGGCCAUUUAGCUGUCAAAGGUUUUGACAAAACCUACACCGUCGUCCCUUUGGGGAAUCCGAACGAGGGAGCCGACACACACCUUCACUGGGAAGUCAAGGACAUUUCUGUAUAAUCAGUGGAUGAAAGGAUUUUCUCAGACUCUUUUUUCCUUCUCCUCGAGGAUUAUUUCACUGCAAUCUACGAUUCCAGUGGAAACCGCAAGGCACAGGAUGUGACAGAAGCCUAGAGGGCCUUCAGAAUUGUUCUGGACCCUUCCUUUAGCACAGGGUAGUUUCACCCAAGCCACUGGCCGCCCUUCCCCCCACUCGCCCUGCUCAAGAUCUUUUCACUCUCACGUCUUCUCAUCUUCUGAGUUAAGUUCGGUUUCCAAACCUGCCCUCCAGCUGAAAGUGGAUUGCCAGAAAUGAGAGAUUAAGCGCUGAGAGAAGAGGAAGCAUCCUGGGUCCUGUCUCUUCUCUGCUGCCGACAUGAAGUGUUUUUUCCCAGUGCUGGGCUGUCUGGCUGUGCUGGGUGUGGUGCUGGCGCAGCGGCAUGUUGCCGUCCAGGAAGGACCCCUGUACCGCACGGAGGGCUCCCACAUCACCAUCUGGUGCAACGUGAGCGGCUACCAGGGGCCUUCUGAGCAGAAUUUCCAGUGGUCCAUUUACCUGCCGUCAGCCCCCGAGCGUGAGGUCCAGAUCGUCAGCACCGUGGACUCUUCCUUCCCUUAUGCCAUCUAUACCCAGCGUGUCCGUGGGGGCAAGAUCUACGUGGAGAGGGUCCAGGGGAGCUCGGCCCUGUUGCACAUCACAGACCUCCAGGCCCGGGAUGCCGGGGAGUAUGAGUGUCACACGCCCAACACAGAUGAGCGAUAUUUUGGGAGUUACAGUGCCAAGAUGAACCUAGUAGUGAUCCCAGACACUCUGCAGAGCACGGCCAUACCCCAGACGCUGCACAAAGUGGAGCAGGACCCUCUGGAGCUCACUUGUGAGGUGUCCACGGAGACGUUCCAGCACAGCCACCUGUCUGUGGCCUGGCUCCGGCAGAGAGGGGGCGAGAAGCCCGUGGAGGUGAUUUCGCUGAGCCGAGAUUUCGUGCUUCACUCCAGCAGUGAAUACGCCCAGAGGCAGAGCCUGGGGGAGAUACGGCUGGACAAGCUGGGGAGCACCACCUUCCGCCUCACCGUCUUCCACCUGCAGCCCUCCGACCAGGGCGAGUUCUACUGCGAGGCUGCUGAGUGGAUCCAGGACCCCGAUGGCUCGUGGUACGCCAUGACCCAGAAGCGUUCCGAGGGGACCGUGGUCAACGUCCAGCCCACCGACAAAGAGUUCACUGUGCGGCUGGAAACGGAGAAGCGGCUGUACACGGUGGGUGAACCGGUGGAGUUCAGAUGCAUCCUGGAGGCCCAGAACAUUCCCGACCGUUACUUCGCCGUCUCCUGGGCCUUCAACAGCUCACUCAUUGCCAGCAUGGGACCCAACGCAGUGCCCAUCCUCAACAGUGAGUUUGCCCAUCGGGAAGCCAGGGGCCAGCUUAAAGUGGCCAAAGAGAGUGACAGUGUCUUCGUGCUGAAGAUCUACCACCUCCGCCAGGACGACAGCGGGAAGUACAACUGUCGUGUGACAGAGAGAGAGAAGACGGUCACCGGGGAAUUCAUCGACAAGGAGAGCAAGCGGCCCAAAAAUAUCCCCAUCAUCGUCCUCCCCAUCACAGAUAACUGGGUAGUUAAAGUCCCUCAGCACCACCAGAUCCUGCCCCAAGGCCACUUGGAGAGCAGUAUCUCCGUGGAGGUGGCCAGCAAUGCCAGCGUCAUCCUCGAGGGGGAGAACCUGCACUUCGCCUGCAGCGUCCGCACAGCGGGCCGGCCGCAGGGCCGCUUCUCCGUCAUCUGGCAGCUCGUGGACAGGCAGAGCCGCCGCAGUAACAUCAUGUGGCUGGACCGCGAUGGCACCGUGCAGCCGGGUGCGUCCUACUGGGAGCGCAGCAGCUUCGGGGGCGUCCGGAUGGAGCAGGUGCAGCCCGGCUCGUUCAGCCUGGCCAUCUUCCACAGCAGGAAGGAGGACGAGGGCCAGUACGAGUGCCAUGUGACCGAAUGGGUGCGGGCCGUGGACGGCGAGUGGCAGAUCGUGGGAGAGCGCCGGGCCAGCACCCCAGUCUCCAUCACGGCUCUCGAAAUGGGCUUCGCGGUCACGGCCAUCUCCCGCACGCCAGGCGUGACCUACAGCGACUCCUUUGACCUGCAGUGCAUCAUCAAGCCCCAUUACCCGGCCCGGGUCCCCGUGUCUGUAACGUGGCGGUUCCAGCCCGUCGGCACCAUCGAGUUUCACGACCUGGUGACCUUCACGCGGGACGGAGGGGUCCAGUGGGGAGACAGGUCCUCCAGCUUCCGGACCCGAACCGCCAUCGAGAAGGCCGAGGCCAGCAACAACGUGCGCCUGAGCAUCAGCCGAGCCAGCGACACGGAGGCGGGCAAGUACCAGUGUGUGGCCGAGCUGUGGCGGAGGAACUACAAUAACACGUGGACGCGCCUGGCGGAGCGGACCUCCAACCUGCUGGAGAUCAGGGUGCUGCAGCCAGUGACAAAGCUGCAGGUGAGCAAGUCGAAGAGGACCCUCACCCUGGUGGAAAACAGGCCCAUCCAGCUGAACUGCUCAGUCAAGUCCCAGACCAGCCCCAACUCCCACUUUGCAGUGCUCUGGUAUGUGCACAAGCCAUCGGAUGCCGACGGGAAGCUCAUCCUGAAAACCACGCACAGCUCCGCCUUCGAGUUUGGCACCUAUGCUGAGGAGGAGGGCCUGAGACCCAGGCUGCAGUUCGAGAGGCACGCGUCCGGGGGCUUGUUCAGCCUCACUGUGCAGCGGGCUGAGGUCAGUGACAGUGGCAGCUACUACUGCCAUGUGGAAGAGUGGCUGCUGAGCCCCAACUAUGCCUGGUACAAGCUGGCUGAGGAGGUUUCAGGACGCACGGAAGUCACUGUGAAGCAGCCAGACAGCCGCCUGAAGCUCAGCCAGGCGCAGGGGAACCUGUCGGUCCUGGAGACGCAGCAGGUGCAGCUGGAGUGUGUGGUCGUGAACCGCACCAGCGCGGCCUCGCAGCUCGUGGUGGAGUGGUUCGUGUGGAAGCCCAACCACCCGGAGCGGGAGACCGUGGCCCGCCUGGGCCGAGACGCCACCUUCCACUACGGAGAGCAGGCGGCCAAGAACAGCCUUCAGGGGCGGCUGCACUCGGAGAGCCCCGCGGCUGGCGUCUACCGCCUCUUCAUCCAGAACGCGGCCGUGCAGGACAGCGGGGCCUACAGCUGCCGCGUGGAGGAGUGGCUGCCCAGCCCCGGCGGCGUGUGGUAUAAGCGGGCCGAGGACACUGCCGGCCAGAUGGCCGUGACCGUCACGCGGCCAGAUGCCGCCCUGCAGGUGGACACGGUGGUCGCCAAUGCCACGGUGUCCGAGAAGGCGGCCUUCCAGCUGGACUGUAGCAUCGUGUCUCGGUCAAGUCAGGACUCCCGCUUUGCCGUGGCCUGGUACUCCCUGAGGACUAAAGCUGGAAGGGAGAGGGUCGGCCCUGGCCUGGGAGAGCAGGAGGAGGAUGAGGAGGAGGAGGAGGAGGGGGACGAGGAGGAAGAAGAGGACCUAACAGAGCGGACGGCCCUGCUGAGCGUCGGCCCAGAUGCUGUCUUUGGCCCAGAAGGCAGCCCCUGGGAGGGCCGGCUUCGCUUCCAGAGACUGUCCCCCUUGCUCUACCGGCUCACCGUGCUGCAGGCGAGCCCCCAGGACACAGGCAACUACUCCUGCCGCGUGGAGGAGUGGCUGCCCAGCCCUCAGAAGGAGUGGUACCGGCUGACAGAGGAGGAGUCGGCCCCCAUCGGCAUCCGAGUCCUAGACACAAGUUCCAGCCUGCAGUCCAUAAUCUGCUCCAAUGACGCGCUCUUCUACUUCGUCUUCUUCUACCCCUUCCCCAUCUUUGGCAUCCUCAUCAUCACCAUCCUGCUGGUGCGCUUCAAGAGCCGGAACUCCAGCAAGAGCUCUGAUGGGAAGAACGGGGUGCCCCUGCUGUGGAUCAAAGAGCCACACCUCAACUACUCCCCCACAUGCCUGGAGCCCCCCGUGCUCAGUAUUCACCCAGGAGCCAUAGACUAAGGGGACCCCAGCGAAUGUCAGCUGAGGAGGAGCUGACACACUCCCUUCCUGCCUCUUGCUCUGUGAUGGGACGGCGGGCAGCGGACAGCGCCCCAGUUCUGGAGUGUUCUCCUGGCAGAAAACAGCCAGACUGGAGAAACGCCCCGAGUCCCGGAUCCGUCACAGAGACAGACUGCCUCUAGGUGGCAGUCCUGGUUGGUUAUAGCUGUUUUGAAGCAGAUGUCCUUAUCCUGCAGAAUUAGGCUUCUCGUUGUUGUUUUUGGUAACGUAGUGAGUAGCUCCAGAUGUCACAUCUACUCACUGAAUUUAUAUCGUGUUCUCAGAUAGAUGUGACAGGGGUUCUUAUUCUUUGUAAGGGGCUUUUUAAAUCCCUUUGGUUCACCCUUUCUGGAUUCGCAACUUUGCGAGCGAAUGUCUCGUAACGCAUCACUGAUGGCAAAAGAGAGGAUGGACUUUUUGGUGCAAAGGAAUUGCUUCCAGGACCCUUCGUUUCUGCAUACUUGAAAACGCUCCCCGUGGGUCAGAAACACGCCCAAACAUUUUUUACUUUCUUAACAAGACUUGAAAAUUAUGUGUCAUGUGGGCCCAAUUUGUAGCUUAUCUUUUCCCUCAGCUGGAAGUUGUCAGAACCACUUUGUAGUCAAGAUGAAAGCAUUGAAUUUCGCUUCAAAGAACUAUGUACAUUCAGGAGAAAUCCUGCAUAACCCCAUUAGAGGAGACGGCACCCGACCAGACUGUCAGGGAGGCAAAGACGGAGGCUUCAUCCAACCUUGCCAAAAAAAAUUAUAAAAAUAAAACAAAACCAAACCCACAACUUUGUUGGAGAACAGGUCGAAAGCCUCCAACAGCACAUGCUUUGCCAGUGUGGCCGCUGACUUUCAGAUUGAUCGAAGCCGAUGAUCCGUGAAGGAGGGGAGCGAGGCUGGUUCCUGGCGGAUCUCUUGCGGGAGCAGCCUCAAACUGUUAACUGUGAGCAGGUGGGCUUCCAUUUUAAGGUGCUUUGCCAAACUCUUCAAGGGAAGCGGCCAGGGAGCCUGGAAAGGGGCAGCCCUGAGCGGGGCCACCAUUGACACCACACACCGGAGGGCUUAGGGCCGGCCAACCGCUAAGCUCCCCCAGGAGUCCGCGGUGGGAGGGCGGUGGUUUCCAAGGCCCGGAAGUUGGAGAACAGGGGAGAAAUCCUCGCCGCCCUGGAGAUACGAAGACUUGGGUUUUUCUUCUUCCUCCCAACGUGAUUGCCCUCAAAGGCGACGAUGUCUUUUGUACUCACCAUUCUCACCCCAUGCCUCACUGCCAUAAAAAUUCGUCUCUGGGAGAGGUCCAGACACAGCCCUCUUGUCACCUUUGCAGACCACCUGGUCUCAGCGGAGAGUCACCACAUGCCAGUGUGGGCUUGUUGCCCUUCCCCUUCUUAGAUCUCAUUUGUGGUUUUGGGUGUUUUGGUUGUUCACGGUUAUGGUGGCUUUUUAUUCGGAUGUCCAUUAAAGCCCAGCAAGGCCAGAGUCGCCCUGUUCAGUUACACUAUGGAGCAAGACGUUCAGCCCCACCCCCCCCACCCCUGUUGCUCACCCCAUGGGAGAAGUGUGGGUGCCCUGGCCCCUAUAUUUUGCUGGCCAAGAGCGCCAUCUCCGUUCCUCUGGGAACCUGCGUCUGGCAUCCCAAGGGGAUGCCCCGUUUAGAAAAAGCCACCGGGGAUUCCAGAGUGAGGCCUAAGCCGAGGGUUCUGUUCUGUCCUGAGAUGGAACAGACUGCAGGGGGGGGCCGUGGGGGUGCUGGUGGUGGUCUCUGUGCUCAGCAGACACUUUGCUGCGCCGCAGCCGAGGGCAUGCAAGGUGACCGCCAGGCUUCUGUAGACCCACCCGAGAGUGCCGUGCUGUGAGCCCCUGUGUAGGGUCCACACCUUCAUCCCCAGCGUGCUCCUUUCCACUCAUUGUGUAUGCGCAGCCACGCUUUGCGGGGACAGUCGUCCGCCCAGCGGUGGGGGGAGAAGGCAGGCCUUUGCCCCAUUUCUUCAUUUCAGGCGUGUGGGUUUGCUGUGGGCAACUGGCCCCUACCCGUGGCCCGAGUCCAUGAGGGAAGAUGACCGGACUUUCCUCGGGGUGAAGGGAAACAUGCCAGAGGGCAUGUGAAACUACUACAAGCAGAGAUUGCUCACAGGUAUGGAAAAGUAGGUAAUGCAUGUAAUUAAAUAGGCCAAGCGGUUGCAGGAAGUUUGAAAGGAAGAAAAGAACCCGAAGUCAGUAUUUUAGCAAAUUUUUUUUCCUGUGUAUUUUUCUGUUGGGCUGGGGAUUACCAUCAAAAGGGGAGCUUUUCAGCUUUCUGUGAAAAUCCCCAGGACCUCCUUUGGCCAUUUCUAUGGAAAUGUGGUGUCAGAUGAGGGGUAAUGGUGCCCUCCAGUGGCUGGGAGACCUCAUCGCACACGGCCAGCCCGAGCUGGGGUCGGGGGUGCCGGCACUGGACCAGGAGAGGACAACGGCCAGCCAGUUCUCUGGACUUACCUACAGCUACAAUGUUGCAUUCUCGAAAAACUACACUGUGCGAGGCCCAUUCCAGGACACGGACGUGACUACACCCUCUUUCAUCAGGGUGUUUCUGUAGCAGGUUUUCAUAUUCUUUUCAAACAAUGGUUUCUCUGCUUUUAUUGUUGAAAAAAACAGGUGGGGUAAGAAAACUCCCCGUGCAUGAUGUAGAGAGCUGUUGAUUUGUUUUGAUUCGUUCAUUUGUUUUUUUAAAGGAAAACUCUUUGUAAGAUGUUGCACUAAAAUGUUUUAUAUACACUUCAGAGACCUGUAGUAAAUUAUGUUGAAAAUAUGGCCGUUUACA